CCUGAUUAUCUGCGCUAGUGCGUACAUAUCUAAGAGCGUUUCCUUGAAACACGAUCGACAUGGCAUCGGUGACGGGAGAAGAGCGUUGACGAGCGGCGUAGUUUCAAAUCGAGAACACCAUCAUGCCGAGCCAGAAGAGCAACAAGGGGAAAAGAAAUAAGCGCACCAACAGCAGUGGAGAUGAGCAGGAAAAUGGAGCCACUGCGGCCGCUGCAGGAGGAGUCGCCUCGGCCUUAGUUGGAGCCACAGCCGCUCCGCCGAGCGACAACCGAGGUGAUGCCCCAUGUGCCACCCCACUUGUGUGCAGUUUGGGACGUAAUGUUGACCUUGAGAAGGAUGACUAUCAGAGGGUACUGUGCAACAGUGAGCACUGUCCUUAUGGCAACUGGAUGCACCUGCAAUGCUUCUACGAGUGGGAAAGCAGCAUUCUGGUGCAGUUCAACUGCAUUGGUCGUGCUCGCAGCUGGAAUGAGAAGCAGUGCCGGCAGAACAUGUGGACCAAAAAGGGCUAUGACCUAGCCUUUCGAUUCUGCUCAUGCCGCUGUGGACAGGGCCAUCUGAAGAAAGACACUGACUGGUACCAGGUUAAGCGCAUGCAGGAUGAGCGCAAGAAAAAGUUUGGCCCAGAGAAAAGUAGUGGGAAACCCAGUGGAGGUGUCUUGGGUGCAGUCGGAGGGGAGAUCCCAGAAGAACUUAAGAAAGGGAAGUCAUCUAAUAAACUGCCUCACCGUGGUUCCAACCAAGACCUUUCACGUCGACAAUCUGUGGACCGACAGAACUCUCAAGAGAGAUGCCACACCUGUCCAACUGGAACCAGCAGUGGGGUCAACACUGGUGCCCGCUCACCUUGUGACUCACCCGGUCAGUCUCCACCACUGGGCUUCUCCUUCUUCUCACCCCAAGCAGCUGGAGGGCCACGCAGCUCACGACAUCUGGGCGAAUUUCUGAAAAAUGCUGUCCAUAUGGAAAGCAACCGGAAGCCAGUGCCGACAGGGAAUGUAGCUGGCCGAGCAGCUACUCAACUGGAUCAUGGGACUGGUGGGUUGUGCCUGCCUCGUCUUGUCCAGGGUGACGGGCCUGUGCAGUUCCUACGUAGGCUGGACCUCUCUGAGCUGCUGGCGCACAUCCCUCGGCACAAACUCAACACCUACCAUGUACGCAUGGAGGAUGAUGCUCAGGCUGGACAGGGUGAGGACUUAAGGAAGUUCAUUCUCUCUGCACUGAGUAACAGCCAUCGUAAUGUGGUCCACUGCGCCCUGUGCCACCGCACAUUGCCAAUCUUUGAACAGUUUCCACUAGUGGAUGGGACACUCUUUCUCAGCCCCUCCAGACAUGAUGAGAUUGAGUAUGAUGUGCCGUGCCACUUACAGGGGAGGCUAAUGCACCUGUAUGCUCUAUGUGUGGACUGUCUCGAGGGAGUGCACAAAAUUGUUUGUAUAAAGUGCAAAUCAAGAUGGGAUGGAAGCUGGCACCAGCUGGGUACUAUGUAUACAUAUGACAUUCUGGCUGCUUCACCUUGUUGUCAGGCCAGACUGAACUGCAAACACUGCGGGAAGCCUGUGAUCGAUGUGCGUGUUGGCAUGCAGUAUUUCUCUGAGUACAGCAAUGUGCAACAAUGCCCACACUGUGGCAAUCUGGACUAUCAUUUUGUCAAGCCAUUCUCCUCAUUCAAAGUUCUCGAAGCUUAUUGACGAAUGUUCUCCUUGCAUGCUAGUUCCUUUUUGUUUUUUCUACAACCCCAAAUCAGAAAAAGUUGGGAUGGUAUGGAAAAUGCAAAAAAAAAAAACCCUGCAGUGUUUCCUACAUUUACUGUGACACAUUUCAUU